AUGGAGCAACAAGAAACGAAGACACGAGAAGGCAAAAGAAGAAGCAGAGAAAGCACACAGUCGAAAUCAACACCGUCCUUUCCUCCUGAUCUAACUAGAGAGAUACUCUCAAGACUGCCUGCCAAAUCUGCUGUGAGGUUUCGUUGCGUGUCGAAGCUUUGGUCAACAAUCACCACCGAUCCAUAUUUCAUCAGCUCGUUCGGAGCUCACUCCUCAACAAGACAGACCAUUCUACUCUUCUUCAAAAAAGAUGACAAUCUGUUUGUUUCCUCGAUUCCGCAACAUACUAAGGAUUGGGAUAAGGCUCACUCUUCUUCUCUGCCUAUUGAUCUUUAUCAUAUGAAACUCCCAGGAUAUGGUUUCGAGUAUCUUACAGAAUCGGUCCACGGCUUGAUAUGCGUUGAACACUCAGAAAAUCCCUUAGUUUGGAACCCUAGCAUGAGAAGUUUUUUUGCUAUACCCUAUCCCAAUAAGCAUGUGAGCUGGAAAAAGGUAACACUCUUUUUAGGUUACGAUCCCAUCGAAGGUAAACACAAAGUUGUGUGCGUUCGCUAUAAAAAAAUCUCCUACGUGUGCCGAGUAUUGACGUUGGGAUCAGCUCAAGAAUCAUGGAGAACUGUCAAAACAAAUUAUAAGCAUCGUGCUCGCUCUUAUACUUAUGGGAGAUGCAUCAAUGGGGUAAUAUAUUAUAUAGCCGCUGAUGAGUGUAACUCGUCUGAUUAUGUUAUAAUGAGCUUUGACGUCAGAUCUGAAAAAUUCAACAUGAUUAAACUACCAUGGGAUUUCCUUGACGCGAAUUUCCUUGACCCCGUGCUGAUAAAUUAUGAGGGGAGGUUAGCUUGUACUGAAGAUGAUGGAUACAUUAUCAGAAGAAACAAUAAAAGAAGAUUGUGGAUUUUGGAGGAUGCAGAGAGACACAAGUGGUCGAGUCAAGACUGUCUUUCACCUUCUGAUAUAUAUAGUUUGAGAAUCCCGUUCAAACUAAGUGGUGCUACUCCCGCUGGUGAGCUUAUUUAUGUACCAACCUCGUUUGAUAAAUCGUAUUACAUUAUAUAUUUUGAUCCGGUGAAAAACAGCUCUAGGAGAUUUGAGUUUAAAGGAAUGGACGGCAGCGAAUCUUGGUCCGGUCCUCAUACUUUCCAUGCUUUCCCGAAUCACAUUGAGAGUCUAGUGUCUAUAGCUGAAAGACUGGGACUCAUUGAAGGAAUAAGAUUCAGUAAUGAUGGGCCUGCUAUUCAUCAUCUUUUGUUCGCCGAUGAUAGUUUGUUCAUAUGCAAGGCAAAUGAUCAGCAAUGCUAUGCACUUAAGGGCAUUCUGAAAAUCUAUGGGGAGGCUACGGGUCAAGCUGUUAAUCCUGCUAAAUCGUCGAUCACUUUUGGUGCGAAGAUCAACGAGCAACAGAAAAGCAGGAUUAAAUCAAACCUAGGGAUAUCGAAAGAAGGAGGUACGGGUACUUAUCUGGGGCUCCCUAAGUGCUUUAGCGGAUCUCCAAUUGGUUUACUAGAACACUAUCUCCGGGAGGCAAAGAGACUCUUUUGA